UGUUUCCAGGCAAAAGUUCGAGAAAGAAAGAAAAAUUGGACAUCGAAGAGUGGGAGUGGGGGGGGAAAUCACUUACAAAAAGAUCCAAACGACACAAAUCAUGGGAUCCAUUCAAUUGGGUAUUCAACUUGCAAUCGGCGGUCUCGCAAGCAAGCCUGAAAGAGAUCUGUUAAUGCAAGAUUUUAUGACAGUGGAAACGACAAAUUUUCCAAGCAUUGGAUCAAAUCAUACGCCUGCGCAUCACUAUUCAGAAUUUAAGUUCAAAAACUAUGCGCCUAUUGCAUUUCGUUACUUUCGAGACCUGUUUGGAAUCCAACCAGACGACUUUUUGAUGUCAAUGUGCAGUGCACCUUUACGUGAACUAUCCAAUCCUGGUGCUAGUGGUAGCAUUUUUUAUUUAACAGAUAAUGAUGAAUUUAUUGUUAAAACAGUUCAGCACAAGGAAGGAGAAUUUUUACAAAAAUUACUAGCUGGUUAUUACUUGAAUCUUAACCAAAAUCCUAGAACCUUGCUACCAAAAUUCUUUGGACUGUAUUGUUAUCAGUGUAAUAGUAAAAAUGUCCGUCUUGUUGUUAUGAAUAAUCUGCUACCGUCAUUUGUCAAACUUCAUCAAAAAUAUGACCUGAAAGGAUCAACAUACAAAAGAAAAGCAUCUAAAGUUGAGAAAGAAAAGCAUUCACCAACAUACAAAGAUUUAGAUUUUAUGGAACAUCACCCGGAAGGUAUUUUCUUAGAAUUAGACACACAUACUGCACUUAUAAAAACUAUUCAGCGAGAUUGCAGAGUUUUGGAAAGUUUUAAAAUCAUGGAUUACUCAUUAUUGCUUGGAAUUCAUAACCUUGAUCUAGCCACGAAAGAGAAAGCUGAAUAUAGAUUGUCAACAAGUGGUAAAGAAGAAAUUGGAGAAACUGGCGCUCAUAGUGGUGAUUGGAAUAAAGAGAGAGAAAUUAGAGAUGGCAUGGUUUCUCUCAAUAGAUCACGUAGUAUCAAUCGGCAGAGGUUAGUUGCUCAUAGCACAGCCAUGGAAAGCAUUCAAGCUGAAAGUGAACCCAUUGACGAAGAUGAUGAUGUACCCCCUGGAGGUAUACCAGCUAGGAACGCCAGAGGUGAGCGCCUUCUGUUGUUUAUUGGUAUCAUUGACAUCCUUCAAAGUUACAGAUUGAAAAAAAAACUUGAACACACGUUCAAAUCAAUGAUUCAUGAUGGUGAUACGGUGUCCGUUCAUCGGCCUGGUUUUUAUGCCGAGCGCUUCCAAAGUUUUAUGGCUAAAACAGUCUUCAAGAAAAUACCUUCACUGGAUCUACCCGAGAUAAAAGGAAAUCAUCGUAAAUUCCGUAACCUCGUCACCAGCUAUAUAGCAUUGAAGAACUCACCGUCUAAGAGAAAAAGUAUUUCAAAACCAGUUAAGCAGAUAGAAGGAGAUUUUAAUUCAACAGUGAGUCCAGAAAUUGCCAACUCAGCUGGAAUAACUGUGAUAUCAACAAUUCCAGCUACUACGUCUACUUCUGUUUGUACUUCAGUCGGAACAAGAAACAGUACCAGAACAACGGAAGAGUCAUCCCUUCGUCCUCAUCUUGUACCAUCAGGCAAAGUACCACCACCUGUUCCACCUCGUGGCAGCGUCUCAGGCAAGGGACACACUGACUUUUCUUCUAGUCAAGGUAGCACCUUCUCUUCUUCUUGCUCUACACCACCUCCACCUUUUGACGCUGCGGUGCAUUUAAACGAUCGAACGUUGGCUUUUAGUGGUUCUAACUCAAAACAGCAUUCAUCUACCCAUCAAAAUCAACAAUACAACAGCAUAUUAUCUGGUUGCCAUACGAGCCGAAGCAGGACAUCGCAUUAUUCUCUUGCAAAAAACCACCAUGACACUGUCAGCAUAUCAGAUGUUCAUUUGGAACAGAGUUGUAGUGAUGGUAGUGGCAGUGGAGACAGCCGAAAAACCAAAUCCUCCCUUAGCGUUGAAAGUAGUGGAAGCAACCAUGGUCGAGGUGGAGUACUUACUUGGACUCCACCAAGUGGUAGUGUUGAACGCUUAACACCAACUUGGACAGAGGGUACACCUUCUUUUACUGAGAGUUCUAGCAGUGGUGACAUAGGUAUGACUGAUGGAGUUUCAGGAGGAACAUAAGUCAAUGAGUUUUAACUCCUUUUGAUGAGCCAGCAUUACAAGCUUCGACAUUUGAAAAGUAUGAAAAAAGUGUUGAGGCAACCAUGGAAGCUGUAGCGAGAGUAUACUGCCACAAAAUUAUUAACCCUGAAAAACGUCUGACGUUGUAAGAGUGAUAUAAUAAUUUGGAGUAGGUGUAUUUUAUAAGUUAGAAAUACUCAAGUGAAUGUCAACUGCGUUUAAUGAUAAUUUUUCUUAAACACUGAAUUUGUUUUACUUCUCUUAUGUUUUAGUUUAUUAAUUUUCUUCUUCAAAUUCAAAAAGCCAAAUAUUUUUUUCGUCCAUAAGGAACUGUCAUACUGACUUUUUUGUUGUGAUCUUCACAACGAUAAAUAUCUCACAAAUAAUAAAAUUUAUCAUAAUGUACUAUCUUUGAUUAUUUUAAUAAUGUAUACACUAUUUCUCUGUCUACUGUUUAACAACACUUAACAACUUUUUAGUGAGCCAAAUAGUUUACCGUAUAAUUCAUAGCACAUUUCCAUGAUUUUAUAAUAGCUUAAAAAAUCAACCAAAAUAAUGACAUUAAAGUUUAACAGUCAAUUAGAACUUGAGCUCUUAAUUUUCGAUGGCCACUUAAUAUGCCAAGAUAGUACAAGAAUUAUUCAUGAUAAAUAUGAGCAUCUAAAAUUAUGGAACGGAAAGGUAUAAAAAAAUUUUGAUAUUUUAUAAGUUUUAUUUUUUUGUCAUCCACGACUUAUGAGACGUAUAAAUUUAGGGUACAAAACAACAAAAUAUUAAUGUUAAAAUCAAAAAUAGCAUUAACUAUAAAACUUCAUUGAAAGUAAUUGUUGUAAAAAAAGAAAUGUUCUCGAGUCACAUUGCAUGUCAUUAGAAACAAGGGACUGGUUACAACAAUUCAGUGUUUUUGAUUGGCAAUUCUGAAAGUAGGAUAAUCUACUGAAAUUUUACGUAUAAAUAAUGGUGUAAUUGUUAUUUAUUACUUAAGAACAUGUGGUAUUCAAGUAUCCGAUAAAGUAUGGACAGUAAUUAAAUAUUCCUUUGAUUACGAUUGUUUUAAUUCACAAAUUUUUUGAAUAUUUACAUUGUUAUUCGGAUUUUUGAGUUAGUAGAUAAUAAUUUAUUUAAUACUCAUAUGAUUCUGUUAAAAAAAAGUUUUAAAAAUGUAUCUUAUGUAAGUGUACUUUACGUUACAAACAAUAACUGCAAUGAAAGACGAGGUUUUAGCUGUAUUUCAGUCUCUAUUGUCCAAGUACAUAUAUCUUACUUACUUACAAAGUAUAGGAACCUCUCUUUGUAUUAAUUUCUCCAUAUUUUUUUUUAUUUUUUUUGUUUUGUUCAUUAUUCAGUUACAUCCAUGUAAUUUAAAAAAGAUUAAACUUAAUUUAUUUAGCCUAACCAAACGUAACAGCUGAUGUUGAUCAACAACUGGUUGUUCAACACCUAGUAAUUGAAUGACCAAACGCUAGAAAAGUAUUUAUCUGGAGGUGGUCAGAUACUUAUAAAGUGAUCUUACAGAUAAAGCUAGUAGUUAACCACUACAUUUUUAUUAAUAUUAAAUAUAUUGUACUGACUCUAACGGCAAAAAAAACUUUUUUCUUGAAAAGCUCUGAACUAUAUAAAAAUUGACAAGUAAGAUCAUCGAUUUGUCGUUAAAUCCAUAAAUAUACAAAUGACUGGUCUAAUUUGAUGGAUAAAACAUUAUUUUAAAAAAAGUAGCCAAUA